AUGGGCGACAAGAAGAACGAGGAUUUUAUUGUGCAGAUAUCCGAUGGGGGCUUUGCUGGAAAUGAGAAGGAGGCUUUCACGACCAAGGCCAUUCCAUCGAGAACCCGCGGGCAAAAUGAAAUCAGCCAGUCGUUGUCAAAGUUGGACAACAGUCCUCCGCUCUCCGUCGUGGCAUAUUGUUUCUCUUCUAUCAGUAUGACUGUUGUAAACAAGUAUGUGGUAUCGGGAACGUUUUGGAAUCUGAAUUUUUUCUAUCUUGCCGUCCAGGCAGUUGUUUGCAUCGCGGCCAUUUCGGCCUGCAAAUCUUUCGGACUGAUCCGAAAUCUCGCACCCUUUGAUCAGAACAAGGCUAGAAAAUGGUUCCCGAUCUCGCUCCUCCUCGUCGGUAUGAUCUAUACUAGCACCAAAGCAUUACAGUUUCUUUCUGUUCCGGUAUACACGAUCUUCAAGAACUUGACCAUCAUCGUCAUCGCCUAUGGCGAAGUUUUGUGGUUUGGUGGCAGCGUGACUCCGCUUGCCCUGUUAUCGUUUGGGCUUAUGGUUCUCAGUUCCGUGGUUGCUGCUUGGGCAGAUAUACAGAGUGCGAUUGCUGGCGACUUUGGACAUGCUGACUCCUCGGUAGCCAUGUCUACUCUGAAUGCUGGGUACGCAUGGAUGGGGCUGAAUGUCUUUUGCACCGCAUCCUAUGUGCUGGGCAUGCGCAAAGUGAUCAAGAAGAUGAACUUCAAAGACUGGGAUAUCCUCUUCAUAUGUUCGCUACUGGCAGAAGAUUGGUCGGGUACCAACUUCGCCAAGAACUUCCCUGACGAAUCGCGUAACCGGAUAAUUAUCGGCAUGGUUUACUCUGGAUUAGCAGCAAUAUUUAUUUCGUACUGCUCUGCGUGGUGCAUCAGAGUCACAUCAUCCACGACGUACUCAAUGGUGGGAGCCCUCAACAAGCUGCCCAUCGCCAUCAGCGGGUUAGUCUUCUUUGCGGCCCCAGUCACAUUCGGCAGUGUGUCGGCCAUCGUCAUUGGAUUCGUGAGUGGCAUUGUCUACGCGUGGGCUAGAGUGCGGCAGUCAAACGGUUCAAAAGACUCCCUUCCAACUAGCCGCCCGCCCAUGAGCGCCAGCUCUCAGAGCAGCCGAGACGCCGCAAAUUCUUGA